GAUCGUCGGUGCAGUACUGUUUUCAGACUUGUGUAGUGCCUUUACUAAAAAGCAGAAUGCCACUUUCUCUCUCUCUAUAACUCUUCCUUCACUCUCUUUCUUUCUUUGCAUCUAAGGUAAUUCCGGAGAGCUCUUAGUUAGGAAUCUUCCUCCAAAGGAAAAGAUCAAACUAGCCGCUGUUCAGUUCCAUCCAUGCAUAGUAGCAUUAGCUAAACAAGGAGAAGAAGGUCACACUGCAGAAGCAUCAAAUUAUGGAAUGCUACUCAAUUUCAAGGUUUCUCUUGCCUUUCUUCCUCGCGGUUACAUUUGCUGUUCAGUUCAUCCACUGCAGCGUCACGUACGAUAGGAAGGCCAUUCUCAUCAAUGGACAAAGGAGGAUUCUCAUUUCUGGUUCCAUACAUUACCCUCGAAGCACUCCUGAUAUGUGGGAAGAUCUGAUAAUGAAGGCUAAGGAUGGAGGUCUUGAUGUUAUUGACACAUAUGUUUUCUGGAAUGUUCAUGAGCCUUCUCAAGGAAAUUACAAUUUUGAAGGGAGAUACGACUUGGUUAGGUUCCUCAAGAUAGUGCAGAAAUCUGGGCUUUAUGUUCACCUUCGUAUUGGACCUUAUGUUUGUGCAGAAUGGAACUUUGGAGGGUUUCCUGUUUGGCUAAAAUAUGUACCAGGCAUAAGCUUCAGGACAGACAAUGAGCCUUUUAAGAAUGCUAUGCAAGGUUUCACUGAGAAAAUUGUCAAUUUGAUGAAGAGUGAAAAUCUUUUCGAGUCACAAGGUGGUCCUAUCAUACUUUCUCAGAUUGAGAACGAAUAUGGAGCUCAAAGCAAGUUAUUUGGAGCUGCAGGCCGUGGAUAUAUGACCUGGGCAGCAAAUAUGGCUAUCAGUAUGGGAACAGGUGUCCCAUGGGUUAUGUGCAAAGAAGAUGAUGCCCCAGAUCCUGUUAUUAAUACAUGCAAUGGCUUCUACUGUGAUGCCUUCUCUCCGAAUAGACCUUAUAAACCUACAAUGUGGACGGAGGCUUGGAGUGGCUGGUUUACCGAGUUUGGUGGUCCUAUUCAUCAAAGGCCUGUCCAGGACCUGGCAUUUUCAGUUGUUAAGUUCAUACAGAAGGGAGGGUCUUUCGUUAACUACUACAUGUACCAUGGUGGAACCAAUUUUGGACGCACAGCUGGCGGGCCUUUCAUCACCACUAGCUAUGACUAUGAUGCUCCACUCGAUGAAUAUGGUUUGAUUAGGCAACCAAAACAUGGCCAUCUAAAGGAGCUUCACAAAUCUAUCAAGCUAUGCGAGAAAGCUCUAGUUUCAGCCGAUCCAACUAUCACAUCUAUAGGAGGCAUGCAACAGGCUCACGUCUUCUCAUCCGAAUCAGGAGUUUGUGCUGCGUUUCUUUCAAAUUAUGACACCCAAUCUUCUGCGAGAGUGAUGUUUAAUAAUAUGCACUAUAAUUUGCCUCCUUGGUCCAUCAGCAUCUUGCCCGACUGUAGGAAUGUAGUCUUCAAUACUGCUAAAGUUGGAGUUCAAACAUCAACCAUGGAAAUGCAGCCAAGCAGUUCUGAAUUGUAUUCGUGGGAAACUUUUAAGGAAGAUCUUUCAGCUAUGGACGACAGCUCAACUUUCAGUUCUUUUGGUCUCUUGGAGCAGAUAAAUGUUACUAGGGAUACUAGUGAUUAUCUUUGGUACAAGACUAGUGUUGAUAUUGGUUCAUCUGAAUCCUUCCUGCGUGGUGGAAAAGAACUCCCUAGUCUCAUAGUGCAGUCAACAGGACAUGCUCUUCAUGUAUUCAUAAAUGGACAGCUUUCGGGAUCUGCCUUUGGGACAAGAGAAAAUAGGCGAUUCGCCUUUUCUGGAAAGGUCAACUUGCGUGCUGGAACAAACACAAUUGGUUUGCUCAGCAUAGCUGUUGGUUUGCCAAAUGUUGGAGGACAUUUUGAGACUUGGAAUACUGGAGUCUUAGGACCAGUUGUCGUACACGGACUUGACCAAGGAAAGUUGGAUUUGUCCUGGGCUAAAUGGAAUUACCAGGUUGGGCUAAAAGGAGAAUCCAUGAAUCUGAUCUCUCCAGAUGGUAUUUCUCCUGUUGAGUGGAUGCAAGGUUCUUUGAUUGCACAACAACAGCAGCCGCUGACAUGGCACAAGGUACAUUUUGAUGCACCUGAUGGUGAUGAACCUCUUGCUUUGGACAUGAAGAGUAUGGGAAAGGGUCAAGUGUGGAUAAACGGUCAGAGUAUCGGAAGAUAUUGGACUGCUUAUGCUAAUGGCAAUUGCAAUGGUUGCAGUUAUGCAGGAACUUUCAGGCCUACCAAAUGUGAGCUUGGAUGUGGCCAACCAACUCAAAGAUGGUAUCAUGUUCCAAGGUCAUGGUUAAAGGCGAAGCAAAAUCUUCUAGUACUCUUUGAAGAACUUGGAGGAGACCCAACACAAAUUUCUCUAGUAAAGAGAUCCGUUACAAACAUAUGUGCAGAUGUUGCGGAAUAUCAUCCCAUGAUUAAGAACUGGCACAUCGAAAGCUACGGAAAGUCUGAAGAAAUCAGAAGGCCUAGAGUUCACUUAAAGUGUAGCCCAGGCCAAAACAUUACGUCCAUCAAAUUUGCAAGCUACGGAACUCCUUUAGGAACUUGUGGAAGCUUCCAGCAAGGAACUUGCCAUGCUCCCAACUCCUAUUCCAUCUUAGAGAAGAAAUGUGUGGGUCAGCAGAGAUGCGCAGUAACCAUAUCAAACGACAACUUUGGGCAUGAUCCAUGUCCAAAUGUGCUGAAGCAUUUGACAGUGGAAGCCACUUGCUCACUUUCAGCAUCCUCAACCAUUGGACCAAGUUCAAGGGGUUGAUUUAGUUUUUUGGCUACAUACUAAAAAAACUACAUGUACCCAAAUCGUUUGUAGAUUGGAGCGAAGAUUCCCUCAAACGGGUUGUAGAGAAAAAGAAAAGAAAAGCGAAUGUAGGUGUGAAUGUUGUCGCGUAGAUUAUUGAUUUUCUGUGCCACGGAUGUGCUGGAUCUGGUACUACUGUCAUUUUAACUGCAGAAGAAUGUACCAGGGAAAGAGAUCUGUUUUUCUGUGUUUUUGUUUUUGUAUGUAAAGAUAUCGUUGUUUGUGAAACUUGGGUGGGGUUCAUGUUGGGUGUGUUGGAUACUAGGUAUGGAUAGAGAUUUGCUUGUUCUUUUUGUUGUGUUAUGUGCAGUAGUUUGGUAGUUAAUUUCUAUGAAGACACCAAAACAUUCUGAAAAGAUGUUCCUUUAAUGUUGUUAUCUCAUCUUUUAUUGCCAUU